CUGAAGCAGAUUAUUGAGAAUGUAAAGUGUGAUGUUAGAGUCAAGGAAUUAGAGCAAAAGAAUAAAGAGCUUGAGGCUAGGCUUGCAGUAGUGGAAUACAGUUCUGUGACAAUGGAUGGGCAAUUACAGAAUGACUCAUGGAGUGAGGAUGCUAAUGCAUCUAAGAAAGAUAUACCAGAGAUAUUACCAGAAAUAUCUGCUGAUGAUGAUUCCAUAGUAGAUCAGCUCAAGCAAUAUGCACUUGUUUAUAAAGCAAAUGAUGUGAUAUCAGAA